UGGAGCAGAGAGGACAACAGUCCUGUUUACACACUGUUGAUCACAGAGUGGACCAUAUGACCGGAGUGAGAAGAGAGAGGGGGGGUGAGAGUGAAACUGAUGGCAGCUGAACAUUCAGGGCUUGGACAGAGAACCCAACAGAGAUAAAGAAUAGGGAUAAAAAUAUAUAAAUAUAUAGUUAUGCAUCAACAAGGAAUUUCCUAAGCUGAGACUCUGAAAACGUCACAGUCAUGUCGGACAGCGCAGGAGGAUGACUGGAUAACUACGUCUUCUCAACUGCACAGGAGGUGAAAGAGUGACUUCCUUCAUGAUGAAGUGUGCUGUGAUUCUUUUAUUAACAAGUUGCUUCACCUGGUCUUCAGCUAUAUAUACCCCCAACAGAGCAGCAUCCAAGAAGCUGAAGUUUCUCCUCGAGCCCCCGGUGUACCCUGAGGUUGCGGGACGAAGGGGAGAUAAUGUCACCUUGCCGUGCAUCCUCAGAAGCAAACCCAGCCAUUACAAGAUUAAAUGGACAAAGCUGCAGCCGGAACAUGUCGGGCCAGAGAACAUUAUCAUGAUCUCAAAUGCGCAUGCCUUUAAGCCAUACGGCAAUCUUGGGCAGCGGGCUUCUCUCCGGAAGGCUCACACCAUGGACGCCUCCCUGCAGCUCAGACAUCUUGAGCUGGAAGAUGGCGGCACGUAUCGGUGUGAGCUGGUCAAUGGCAUCGAGGAUGAAAGUGUUGAUAUUACUUUGAGGAUUGAGGGUGUGGUCUUCCCAUAUCAGAGUAAAAAUGGUCGCUACAGAUUCACUUUCCGAGAAGCCAAGGAGGCUUGUGCUGAGCAAGAUGGGAUUUUAGCCACAUACAGUCAGCUCUACAGAGCCUGGACAGAGGGCCUGGACUGGUGUAAUGCAGGCUGGCUCCUUGAUGGAACCGUUCAUUAUCCGAUCAUUCAUCCUCGACCCGUCUGUGGAGGAGAGUUGCUCCCAGGCAUCCGCAGUUAUGGACCAAAGGAUAAGGAUCAUGAUAAGUUUGAUGCCUUCUGCUUCACCUCCCAGAACAGUGGCUCCGUCUUCUACAUCUCGGGGUCUUUCUCCUUUGAGCAGGCAGUUCGUGCUUGUAGACGCGUGGCAGCGGAGCUAGCAUUGGUCGGCCAUCUUUAUGCCGCCUGGCGUUUCCGAAACUAUGAUCAGUGUGACGGCGGUUGGCUGAGAGAUGGUAGCGUGCGUUUUCCCAUCAGCAACCCCAGGGAGCGCUGUGGAGGCAUCCCUGAGGCAGGGGUGAGGUCAUUUGGAUUCCCCAACAAGACAACACAUCUGUAUGGAGCCUACUGCUAUAGGUAGCCAAAAAUAAAAUAAAAAGAAACAAAUACACUUUUUACAGUGUCAGAGCUGUGGGUCCUUAUAAAUAUAAAAGGCUCAGAAUUCACUGUACAAUAUAAAUAUCUUGGUCCACCAAUGGAUUGUCAGAAAAAACGAGACCUCACAUCUGAAACUACAGACAUUUGCAGUUCUAUUUUAUCUGAGCUUUGUUUUAUUUUCAAAAUUUAAGUAUUCACGUAAAUGUGACGUGUUUUGAAUUUUCUUAGUGUAUGGCCCCAUUUUCACAUAAUUUGCUAAAUCCAGAUUUUGUCUAGAGACCAAAUAGCAGUAGCUCUAAACUCUGCAUUUUCCACUGAUAUGAACCCCAAAACUGCACCAAGAGAGAACACCCAAUGACUGGACCAUAUGACCACCAAUUCUUUACAUAACUGAACACCUUUUUCCUGUAAGAUUAUUUCUUCUGUAUAAAGAAGAUACACAAAUCUGACAUAAAAAAAGAAUAUAUCUUUUCCCCUGUAUGCUUGUAAUUUGUCCACCAACUGCCAGCCAGAUGCUGCUAAAAUUAGGUUAUGGCUGGUAAACCUUCAGUUUCUCUCCAGCUUUUAUGUUCUCAAAUGCACUAAUUGUUCUUGAAAAAAACAAAAACAAUUGUGAGUCAGUAAAGCACAGAAUUGCACUGCAUUUAGAUGACACAAGCUACUAGGACCAAUGGUAUAAUUAGAAGAUUGGAAGCAAGUAGUGUAAUACAUGUUUUUCUUGCACAAUCAUCUUCCACUAAAUCUAUAACACAGGCUAUCCAUUUAACGUGACUUUGACCUGCUUUGAGUUUAUGGAAGUGGUUCAUCUGUAAAUUAAUGCCAUGCAAUUUAAUUUAUUCAAUAAAAGAUGCAUCCUCAUA